UUCAAAUAAUCAAUUUUACAAUUGAUGUUCAAUGGACCAGAGGAACGGAGAACGCCGGGGAAUCCAGCCGGAAUUUCACCGGAACCCUCAUCCUGCACCGCCGAAUUGGCCUUCCGACGACUCUAUCUCUCGUAAUGAUGGGAACUUAGACAAUAACAGAAGAAACUUUCCCGGCGACGGCAAUCACUACAAUCGCCGGCAACAUCACCAGCAUCACCAUCGGAAUCCGAAUUUUGAGCAAAAUUUCGGUGGUUCCGCGCCUUUUCCGGCUCGUAAGAGACCUUUCGAUCAAGCAAGCUCUGACUUUCUGGAUUGUGGCAGUUUUGUGAAACUCUAUGUUGUAGGAGUUCCAAGGCCAGCAGAAGAAGAAGAUGUCCGGUCUGUUUUUGCUGCACAUGGGCACAUUGUUGAGUUUGUUCGUCUCACGGAUAAAGGCACCGGUCUGAGGAAAGAAUGCUGUUUUGUGAAGUAUAGAACGCUAGAUGAAGCUAAUAGGGCUAUUGUAGCAUUCAAUGGUCGAUAUACUUUCCCUGGGGGUGAGUUUCCCUUAACAGUUAGGUAUGCUGAUGGGGAACGUGAUCGUCUUGGAAUCUUGACCGAACACACUCAGAAACUUUAUGUUGGUGGUCUGAGGAAACAAGCUUCCAAAAAUGAAAUUGAGCAUGUAUUUUCUCCAUAUGGGAUUGUUGAAGAAAUCUACUUAAUUGUUGAUGAACUAAAACAACGUCGUGGAAGUGCUUUUAUCAGGUUUGCUUGUAGAGACAUGGCAGUUGCGGCUAUGAAUGCACUACAUGGCACCUAUAUAAUUGAAGUAUGUGAGCACCCGUUGGUUAUUCGAUUUGCAGAUCCUAAGAAGCCCAAGGUGGGAGAGUCGAGGGCGCCAUCCCUUAUGAAUGAGCAAUUCAAUGGGAAUAUAGGAGCUAACCAGUCUAAUCACCAGAGUCCAAAUCAGACUCCAAAUAACAGAAGCAAUCCUCAGACAGUUUUCAGCACUCAUGUUAGAUCAGAUAAUGUUUUGCCAUCAGCUGCAUCUUCUGUCAAUGCAAAAUCUUUAAAUGCUGAGAUGGUGGAGUCCAUUGAUUGUGAGUGGAGUGACCAUAUCUGUCCUGAUGGAAACUUAUAUUAUUAUAACUGUGUAACGUGUGAAAGCAGGUGGGAGAAGCCUGAGGAGUUUGCACUUUAUGAAAAGAAAUUAGAAAAGCUAGAUCUACAGCAACAGGAUCAGCACAAUUUAAAACUUCCAGUAUGUAACACUCCAGAAGUUUCUCAAAUGCGUCAGAUCCUUCACGAAAAUAUCUGCCUGGAAACAAAAACCAAGAUAAAGUAAAAAUAGUUGAAAAGGGAUGGAGCAAAGAUGUUCCUGCUGACAGAAAAUUAUUUUAUUCGGGUGACGGGAUUCUUUUUUUCUUUUUAUUUUUCGUUUCAUUCAAGAAAAUGUCUGUAAUAUCAGUGGCUGCUUUAAUGUUGGUUGAUAUUAUCUCCAGACAUUGUUAUGUCACAAAUAUAUUCAGUGAACAGCCACAAAUUAUAUUUAACAUGGGGCCACAGCCAUUUGUGAAGAAAGCCUUCUGUGUAAAGAUUACUUUAACUACUCUAUGUGGUUCCUAGGGAUCUCCUUAUUGUGCCAAACAGAGUAUUUGCAAUAUAGCAUCUCAUCUUUUGUCGUGUAUUCAUUAUCUGUACUGCUACUGAGGUAGUUAUUCCAAGUAACAGAGGCUACUUUCUGGACGUGUAGAAGUCAAACAUUUGGGAAGAUAAAAGAUGCUAAUGCUGUCC